AUGACGCACCGACACACGCACCAUCGAAAGCAAGCCAGCAAAGGCUCUCAGAAGAGUAGCUCGAGUAGAGAGUCGCAAGAAGACACUUCGAUUGCAGGUGCAGCUGUUGAAGAAUACCAUGUGGCUCCAACUGCCGGACCUUGGUCGUCGUGGGUCCACGAUGCUGAAGGCAGAGGAUUUUAUUACAGAAGCCGGCUGAGCACGACAGUAGGAGAAAUUGAGUGGGACUUUUCACGCUCGCCAACUUAUCGGAGUUACGACUACAUACACCCAUUGCCACGAAUGUCUUACUAUCAGCAACCCAUCAAGACAAGCCCAGAUCCAGCAACUGCAUUCACGUAUACCUUCCAUUAUCCGGCCAAUACAGCACCGCGAGAAGAUCAGCCAACCUCGGGCUCUGAUUUCUCCCACGAUGCGAGCGACGAAGAAACGUUUCCGGCCGCAAGCUCCAGUGUUUUGAUACCCGCCAUCAUCGACGUGGACACGAAGAAUAACAUCAGAGUUAUAGUCCCGGAUCCUAAGACUGGAGAAGCGAAGACAAUAUAUGACAACAGGCAUAAGCAUUCCCAUAAAAAGAAGAUGAGCCCGCAACACAAGGUGGAGAGCUGGCUGCACAGAGGGUAG